AUGAGAGGAUUCCAGUCGGGCUCAAUGACUUCCUCGCCCCUAUGUCAUGAUGAAUCUGCAACAAGGGAUUUUCUGAUGGGCUUGGAUUGGACCCUUCUUGGCAUGUUUGCACUCCGGCAAGGGCAUCAACGACAGGCAACUCAGAAUCCAGCAUGGAACAGCAAUGAAUUCACCUUUUUUCAUUGCUUCUCUCCAUGCUUCAGAAUGGUUCUCUUGGUUGUUACUCCUCUGAUCCUUGCAGCUCUUGAAUCCAUUCCCCAGCAUGUGCGCGAUGAACUCUCGCUCCCAGCUCCCAAGCUUGAUGAAGCUAUCUCCCACUGCCAGCUGAUUGCUCUCUCGCGAAAGCUCUCUUCUGUGUCUUACAAACACCGCACAAGCAUAAGUGAAGCUGGGAAGUUUGAACAUGGGCAUGUGCGCGACUUCUCCCUCAACGCUCUUCUCCGCGGGACGAAGCUGUAUCUCCCCCCUCAGCCACCCACGCCCGCACCGAGUCCCGAGUACCUUGCCUUAAAAGCUCGUCUCGAAGCCGAAGCUCAGGCCAAAGAAUACCAGUCAUACCUUCAUCGCCCAUCCGUUUCGCAAUCGACACGUCAACCAUUACCAAUUUUUGCUUCCUCAGUUAUAAAUACCCCAUCAUCCCACGCCGAAGACACUUUUGACGACCCCUCUUACCCCCUCGUUCGGUCUUGA